CAAACUACCCUCGCUCUUCACAAACUUUGCAAAUUUAGAUGGGAAAACGAUAUGAUGUCGAAGAGGAGCCCGAUGACGAGGCGAUGGAGGAGGACGAAGAAGACGACGACGAGGAUGAAGAAGAAUACGAUGAAGACGACGAAGAGAAAACAAACAGGAUUAAGAGAAGCAAAGAGCUAGGGAUCUCAUGCAUGUUAAACACGGAGGUCGGGGCGGUUCUCGCGGUUAUCCGCCGGAGAAACGACUCGUCCUCCCAAUAUUAUCAUCAAGACGACGCGUUAGAUUCCGCGAUAACGAGUUCUUUAAAGUCGCUAAGAUCACUUAUAUUUAGUAACCAACAACCGUGGAAACAGAUCGAUCCGUCCAUCUACGUUUCCCCGUUUCUAGACGUGAUAUCGUCGGAUGGCGUCCCCGCGGGUGCCACCGCGGUGGCGCUCUUUUCGGUUUUAAAAAUCAUGAGACUUAAUAUGUUUGAUAAGAAGACUCCGGGUGCCCGAGAGGUAAUGGCUAAUGUGGUCAUGGCCGUGACGGGGUGUCGCCUCGAGAAGACACACCCCGUCACGGAAGGCGCCGUGAUGAUGAAGAUUCUACAGGUUUUACAAUCCGUGAUGAGACACCCGGCAUCCGUCCUCCUCAAUGAUCACGCGGUUUGCACCGUCGUGAACACGUGUUUUCAGGUGGUGCAACAAUCGGCUCAUCAAGGCGAUUUGUUACAACGAACCGCUCGACACACGAUGCACGACAUAAUUCACAUCGUAUUCUCCCGUCUCCCCGAGAUCGAAGUCGAGGACUGGGAGAACUCCGAAUCCGACACCGAAGACUCAAUCGACGAAUCCGGUUACGGGAUCCGUUGUGCGGUUGACAUAUUCCACUUCCUUUGCUCCUUACUAAACGUCGUCGGGAUCGCGGAAACCGAAGGGUCACCCGCACUAACUGCGGACGAAGACGUCCAGGUUUUCGCGCUCGUGAUAAUCAACUCCGCGCUAGAAUUAAGCGGAGACAGCAUAGGAAAACAUAAAAAACUUCUUACAAUGGUUCAAGAUGAUCUUUUUCAUCACUUGAUCCACUACGGGACCGCUUCUUCGAGCCCGUUAGUUUUAUCAAUGAUAUGUAGCACGGUUUGGAACAUAUACUACUUCCAUCGCCAAUCAAUCCGCUUACAACUCGAAGCGUUCUUUCAAUUCGUGUUGUUUAAAACGUUAAACAUCCACGGGUACUCGAAUUCCUUACAAGAACUCGCGCUUGAAGGGGUCAUAAACUUUUGUAGACAACCUACAUUCUUAAUAGAAGUCUACAUUAACUAUGAUUGUGACCCGCUUUCGUAUAACGUGUUCGAAGACAUUGGGAAGAAUCUUUGCAAACACGCGUUUUUGUGCGGUGGCAGUGCCCCUGGGGGCACUGUCACCGCGACAAGCUUGCAACUACAAGCUUUUGAGGGUCUCAUGGUUCUCAUUCAUAACAUGGCUGAUAAUGUUGAUAAGCAAAACUACUCGAGCCCGAAGGGCCCGUACCCGGUUGAGAUAUCCGAAUACAAACCGUUUUGGGAAGAGAUCUCGAAAGAAGAUACGGGUUAUGAGGAAUGGAUAGAAGCUGUGCGGGUUCGAAAGGUGCAAAAGAGAAAGUUGAUGAUCGCGGCGAGCCAUUUUAACCGAGAUGAGAAAAAAGGGAUGGAGUACUUGAAGAUAUCUAAACUGAUAUCCGACCCACCCGACCCGAAAGGACACGCCAUGUUUUUAAGGUACACUCCGGGCCUAGACAAGACAAAGAUCGGCGACUUUUUAGGCGAUCCAAGCGAGUUUAACCUCAAAGUCCUCAAGGAAUUCACGGAUACAUUCGAGCUAAGCGGGUUGGUACUCGACACAGCUUUACGAACAUAUCUAGAAACGUUUCGACUCCCGGGAGAAUCGCAAAAGAUUCAUCGAAUCUUAGAAGCGUUUUCCGAGAGAUUUUUUGAGCAACAAUCGUCCGAAAUAUUCGUCACGAAAGACGCGGUCUUCAUACUAUGUUACUCGGUGAUCAUGCUAAACACGGACCAACACAACCCGCAAGUGAAAAAGAAAAUGACCGAAGACGAGUUUAUACGAAACAACCGAGCGAUCAACAACGGUCAAGAUCUCCCGCGAGAGAUCUUAUCCGAUAUUUUUCAAUCGAUCUCGACAAAAGCCAUCACGAUAUUCGGCCAAAAUGGGGCCGCGGUAGAGAUGAACCCGAGUCAUUGGAUCCAGCUCAUAAACAAGUCAAAACUCAUCCUACCGUACAUCACAACCGAUUUCGACAGCAGGAUCGGUCGAGACAUGUUCGCCGCGAUCGCGGGCCCCACCGUCGCGACACUCUCCGCCAUUUUCGAACACACGGAAGACGAAGAAAUCAUUCACGAAUGCAUCGAGGGACUAUUCGCCGUCGCGAGAAUCUGCCAGUACGGACUCCAAGACGCGCUCGACGAGCUACUUUCGUCGUUUUGUAAAUUCACAACUUUGUUAAACCCGUACGCGUCGGCCGAGGAAACUUUGUUUUCCUUCGGACACGACCUGAAGCCGCGAAUGGCAACACUCGCGGUCUUCACCGUCGCUAACAACUUCAAAGACUCGAUCCGAGGCGGGUGGAGGAACAUUAUCGACUGCUUGUUAAAGCUAAAACGACUCCAACUUCUACCGCAAACCAUCAUCGAAAGCAGCGGGUCGGGUAAACAUAAACGCUCCGAAUCCGAAUCCGUACACGACCUAACCGGACGGAUCAACACAUCGAACUUAAUGGCGAUCAUUUCGCACUGCUUAUCGAUGGAAAACGUCGAAGAGUCACUUAACCUCGGCAUAACCGAAUUCGAACAAAACCUUAAAGUCAUCCAACAAUGCAAAAUAGGAAGCAUUUUUAGCAAAAGCUCAACACUACCCGUCGAACCGUUGCUAAACCUCGGACGGUCGCUAAUAUUCGCAGCCGCGGGUAAGGGGCAAAAGUUUAACACACCAGCUGAAGAAGAGGAAACAGUUCAGUUCUGUUGGGAGUUGAUUCAAGCCAUGGCUUCGUGUAACGUCCACCGGCUUGCGGUGUUCUGGCCUACAUACAAUGACUACCUCCUCAAUGUCAUUCAGUUCCAACUGGUGUCGCCAAUGCCAUUCGCGGAGAAGGCGAUUGUCGCGUUGAUUCAGAUAAGUUUAAAGCUUCUUGCGUCUUCUGCGAACGAAAAGCUCGCAGAAGAACAGGUUUUCAAGUCGAUUAACUUGAUGUGGAAGCUAGAUGGGAAAGUUUUGGAGAUUUGUAACGAGUUUAUAAUCAAAUCGGUGACGAAAAUGUUAAACAAGUACGCGGCGAAUCUGUUGUCGCAGUUGGGGUGGAAGACGGUGUUCCAUUUGUUAACGAGUACUGGACGACACGCUGAAACGUACGAAAGGCGAGUCGAAGCGCUUAUUAACUUGAUGGCGAAAGGGACGGGGAUAUCGGUUAUGAACUACGCGUAUUGUAUAGAUUGCGCGUUUCGGUUUGUGGCUUUGCGGAAUAGUCCGGUGGAUAAGAACAUGCGGUUGAUGGACUUGAUGGCGGAUUCGGUUAAACUGAUAGUCGAAUGGAUGAAAAACGGGUACCCGGAUGUGGGAAGUGGCGCGAGUAUGAACAGUAUGGCUGGCGGGAUGUCGACGGUUGACGAAAACAACAUGCAUUCGACGUUGUCGAUGAAUUUGUUUUUGAAACUGGGAGAGGUUUUACGCAAAACGAGUUUAGCGAGACGAGAGGAGGUGCGAAACUAUGCGGUAACGUCGUUGCAUAAAGGGUUUAUAAACGCGGAGGAGCUUUGUUUCGCGCCGAAUAAUGUUAUAAACUGUUUUAAUCUUGUUGUGUUUGCGAUGGUGGACGAUUUGCACGAAAAGAUGUUGGAGUAUUCGACACGGGAGAAUGCGGAACGGGAGACGAGGAGUAUGGAGGGGACGUUGGGGCUGGCGAUGGAGUUUUUGGUGGAUGUAUACACGCGGUUUUUAAGCGUGUUGAUGGAGAGUGCGGGGUUUAAGACGUUUUGGCUGGGGAUAUUGAGACGGAUGGAUUCGUGUAUGAAAGCGGAGCUUGGGGUUUAUGGCGAGUCGAAGAUGAAAGAGCUUGUUCCGCGUUUGUUAACGAAGAUGAUCACGUUGAUGCAGGAGAAGAAGGUUUUGGUUCCGCAUGAAGGGAAUGAUUUGUGGGAGAUUACGUUUAUUCAAAUACAAUGGAUUGCUCCUUGGCUUAAAGACGAAUUGUUUCCUGAUUCUGCUGUUGCUUGAUUUCAUUUGUAGUUUUAGAAACAUGUACCACAUUUGAACUCAAUUAAAUGAUUACUAGCUAGGAUAAGUAGCAGUAAUUGGUUGUUAAA